AUGCCGGUGAUGAAUCAGAUCUUUUUCACGGCUGCGGCAGUCCAUCGAGAACAAUGUUCUCAUUCCCAGAAUGAGUUGCAUCGAUACGCGGCCGACCUGAAACGCACUAUCGAUGAGAGGAACUCUCUCAAACUUUCCUUAGGACAGAGAGAGGAGGAAAUAAAAGAUCUCCGGGCCGAGCUUUCCAAGGCUUAUCAAGACCAGAAUGAUUUGUCUGAGCAGGUAAUGAUGCUUUUGAAAACCUAUGGGUUCGAUACCGGAACGGUAGCUAACAUUUCGGUCUCACAGCUGAAGCAAAAAAUCGAGAUGAUAGGGAGGUUGCAUGAGGAGGUCGAUGUUAUAAGGAUGGAAUCCUUGCGGUGGAAAGAAGGUAUGGACCGCUUUGCUGCAGAAAAAGAGACCGCUCGAGCCCAGUUGUCGUCGUCCGAAACCCAACUUCAGAAAGUGAAGGAGAAAAACCUGGUUCAAGCAAAGAAAAUCGAGGAGCUUGAGGCUCGGUUGGCCUCAGUACUCGCCAAGGCCGAAUCCGAUGCUGAAAAGGCAAAGACUUAUGCGGAUGAGCUCGUGGCCGUCUAUCGGGCUGAUGCUGAAGCUGCCCAAGUUCAGGAAAGAGAGGCAGCCGAAUCUGCCGAUAGUCGGGCGCAUUGGGUUGCCGAACUUGCUAAGUACCGAUCCAGGAGAGAAACCCUCGAGGAGAUUCAUGCUCGCGGCUUCGAUCUCACGGAAGAGAUAAAAAGGGCAAAAGAACUCGAGGCUGAUNGGAAAGAGAGGCAGCCGAAUCUGCCGAUAGUCGGGCGCAUUGGGUUGCCGAACUUGCUAAGUACCGAUCCAGGAGAGAAACCCUCGAGGAGAUUCAUGCUCGCGGCUUCGAUCUCACGGAAGAGAUAA